AAACUGUAAUUAAAUUAAAAUAAUACAUUCAAAUGAGUUAAAUUCAGUAAUUAAUUAAUUCAUUCAUAUAAUCAAACCAUUUAACAGUCAUACACAUAAUUGAGGUGGCAUAUUCCACGCUCCAUAGUUUAUGUGCAGGAACUUUGUUUUUGAUGCAGAUGCAGUGGUAAUGUUAUUUAACAAGGCAAAACAGUAUAUGGCUCUGUAUGAAACGUUAGAGGGCUUUUAAUUUAAAAUGAGGGCUUUUAAUUUGAAUCAGAUACAGGAAGUGGCAUUGGGCAACCAAGCCCCCUGGAGCAGCACUGGCUUUUGAAGCCAAUUUGACUUCAAUACUGAAGACAUCAAAACCAUAAAAUAACAUUUGGAAUUAUGUUAAAAGUGUUAAAAUUAACAGUGUUAAAAAUUCCUCAAAGUAGCCACUGUUUGCCUUGAUGACAGCUUUGCACACUGUUGGCAAUAUGUCAACUAUGAAUGUGUCCCUUAACUCUGGAAUAUAUGACUUGACUGUGUAAAAAGGGCUGAAGCGGGAGAUAUUUUAUUUAUUUAUAUAUUUUAUUUUAUUUGUCUUAUCAUUUCACCCUGUUCAUUUUACUGUCCUGAGUUAUUUAUUUUAUUGUCUUUAUAACUGUUUAUUUCAUCUACAGUAUUAGCUUUUAGCUUUAAUACAGUAUCUUCCUAUAUUUUAUUGUAUUUCUUUGAGCACUUUCAUCUUAAAGUUCUACUUCAUCUAUUUUGUAAAAGUUUUAUUUUUGUAGAAUAUUUUAAAAAAUAAAUCAAUGACAUUCUGUUCUGGAACCCAGUCCUUUGUGAUGCAUCAAAGGACCACCCGUUACAUCACCCGUUACAUCACCUGGUUCAGCAGAAUUUCUUCAAGUAGCAGUCAGUCAGAUCUCAUUUAGUUUACCAAGUGCCAAACGUUCACAAGUUAUCUCCUGUGAGACAGUUUCGACUUUGUACACGAUGAGCAUGCAAAACAUGAAAACAUGAAUGCAACAUUCAUGCUAGUUCCUCUGAAUGCAGCAGAGAGGAGGAAAAUCAAAAGGAGGGUAAGCAUGGUUGAGCCAGUUGUUUUUGUGGAGCCUUCAAACUCCACAAGAAAACGAACAGAGGCAAAAGCUGCCUCUGAACAAGUCUCGAAUGGAAAGAAAAACAAAGAACUCAGUUCAAAAGAGCCUGUUGUUUUUCUGGAUGAACUGGCCUCCACCGAGACACCACAGGUGAACUUCACUUUUGGGAGUUCAUCCAUCCAGAAGACGCCUGUUGUUUCAGGUCAGGGUUCAGCAUCCAAAAGUGAACAAGCAAAGGUUGCUUCUCCAUCUGCGCAGAAGACCAUGAAAAAGCAGAAGGAUUCUGUUCUUUCUAGUCAGUGUUCGGCCUCCAGAAAGGAAGAAGCAAAGGGGGCUUCUCAACAACCUGCCAUCCAGAGCCGGAUGAAGAAAGUCCCCAAACAGAGGGAACGUAAAGGGAAAGCUCCAUCUAAGGAAUCUGCAACUCUGCCUCGCCGAGCACAGGACAAACAGAUUAAGCCAAAAGAGGUCAUCAGCUUGGUGAAGACCACCUUGGAAAAGCUGACUGCUGAAACGUUUCAUGACCUGAUGAAACAGCUCCAGGACCUGACGAUGGACACAGAGGAAAGGUUGAACUCAGUCGUCAACCUUAUCUUUGAGAAAGCCAUGUCGAGGCCAGACUCAUCCGUGCUGUAUGCCAACAUGUGCCGCUUUCUGACAAAAAUGCAAGUCCCAGCAAAAGAUGCCCCGAAACUCCCUGGCAGUUUUCAAACACUGCUAAUCAGACGCUGCCAGGCUGAGUUUCAGAACAACCACGGCAGAGAUGACACCUUUGAGGAGAGGCAGAGUAGAGAUGUAAGAACAAUGUUUUUUCUGCUUAAUUAUCACAACUACCAACGUUUUUCUUAACGGGGAGGGGAGUUAUAUGAGACUAAAAAUAUUUGAAAAUGCAAAUAUUUAUAAUAAUUCAUGUUGACCCUGACAGAAAGCACUGUUGAACAUGUUUGUUUUCUUAUAAUUUGUCAACAGGAAGGACAGCACGAGCAACUGAGGACAGAGCAGUAUGAUGCCAAUGUGUCCCGUCGUUCUGUAUCGAACAUCAAGUUUAUUGCGGAACUCUUCAGGCUGAAGAUGUUGAGCGAGGCUGCCGUGCACAGCUGCAUCCAGACACUUCUAAACAAGCAGGACGGAGAAUCUCUGGAGUGUCUCUGUCACCUCCUCAACAAUAUCGGUAAGGAGCUGGAGCUGCUGACAGCCAAGAGAGUGAUGGACAGGUACUUUAAGAAAGUGGCUGACAUCAUAAAGGAGGGAAAGAUGUCAGCCACAGUAUCUCACCUCCUUAAAGACUUGGCAGAUCUCAGGCAAAGAAACUGGUUGCCUGAGACCAUGGAAAUAGAUGAGAUCUUUAUGGAGGAUGAGCGUCCAGAUACCACCAGCCUCUCAGCCCUGCAGCCAUCAGGACACUGCACCGUUCCCCAGUCAUCUGCAGACUCCAGCUCUGCUCAUCAGCUUAUUCAGGGCACUGAGGAGAGUCACCUGUGUGAACGUCAUGACAACAGAGAGCCAGAGCCGAAGAAAGAAGAGACGCGCCAAACUCUUUCUAUCACUCCAGCUAAACUCCCACUGACUGAGGAUGACAUGGAGGACUUCUCAGAGACCAUCAUACAUGAGUAUCUGAGGACAGGUGAUUUGAAAGAGGUAGUGCACAUAAUUUCACACCUUAACAGCCCAUCUGUCCUCCAUGUCUUUGUAAGGAAUGCUGUGGACUUGACGCUGGAGAGCGGCAGCAGGACUCGGAGGAAGGCGGGCCUGUUGUUGCUUGAACUCUUCAGAUCGGGGGUUCUGCACACGAAGCAGUUCUUCGAAGGAUUAAAAGACAUCUUGGAGGUCACGGACUAUAUUUUUGCAGACGUGCCUGAAAUAUGGCUCUGCCUUGCUGAGAUCCUCAGCCCUGUGCUGCAUGAGGGAGGUGUCUCCAUGGCAGAGCUCUUCGGAAAAAUCAAAACUCUUGUGCCUCUUGGACCAGCUGGUGUGCUUUUGGCUCAUAUCCUGACCAUGUUGUCCAGCAGCAUCACACAGAGGACCAUCAAAGUGAUGUGGAACAACGCUGGAGUCAAAUGGGAGGAUGUCCUUCACAGCAGUGACGAUGUCAAAAAGUUUAAGGCCGACUGGAUGCUGGGAUACACCGAAGGAGACGAUCUAUGGAGUUAGACUUCCUCCACCCAUCCACCAACAAGAGCACCCCACCACCACCAUCCUCCACCCCCCACAACCCCAACCUUCCCUUCACAAUCCCCCUGCCUCAACCCCAACCUCCCCAAACAUCUCCAUCUCCUCACCUUUCCUCAAGGACAGAAGUUUACUUGAGGAAAGGUGAGGAGAUGUGGAUGCAUUAUAACCCUUCUUGGCCCCUUUCAUUUUUAUUUAACAACAACUCAAAAAGACUUCUUGUUAAAUUAAAAUGAAUCCAAAUUUGGGCGGCAUGGUGGUGCAGUGGUUAGCACUGUCACCUCACAGAAGUUCUGGGUUCAAACCUGCUUCUUUCUGUGUGGAGUUUGCACGUUCUCCCCAUGUCAGCGUGGGUUUCCUCCGGAUUCUCCGGUUUCCUCCCACAGUCCAAAGACUUGCAGGUUAGGUUAAUUGUUGACUCUAAAUUGCCCUUGAAUGUGAAUGUUUUUUGUCUAUGUGUGUCAACUCUGAUCAAUUGGCGACCUGUCCAGAUGACCUGUGUAGAUAAUAAAUAUUGAAUUGAAA